AUAAGACGCAGUGAGGAACGGGACCGUGACCAGGGUGGAAGGCUGAACGGCCUCUACAGCUCCUUCCGUGUGCAAGGAAACCUGGCCGAGCCGGAGGGUCUGCGCCCUCGGGAGCGCGCAUGGGUGGGGAGGUGGACGCGGUACCUCUGACUCGCACCGGAUGAACAGCGAGGAAACCUAGGUCCUUAUUACCGGUGCCUGGAGAGAUUCAUAGGAAGGCUCUUGGAAAUUUGAGGAGGAGAUGGAACUUGAGAAUGCUUUAAGUCAAGACGGCGAGUCCAAAGGAGGUGUUUUAGCUCACUUGGAAAGACUAGAAACUCAAGUGAACAGGUCCCGUAAAAAAUUGGAAGAGCCGCAGGGAGCUCAGGCAGUAGGAAGCUCUCCUGGGACCAAGAUUCGUAAAUUGAGAAGUCUGCCAGAUGAACUGAGGGCUGAAGCGAAACAACGUGAAGCCAGAGUUGAACAUACUGCCAGUGCAGAACCCAACCAAACAUUGGAGAUCAGUGAGCAAGAAGUUUGGGAAAGAAAAAGGGAAAACGUGAAAGCCAUUCUACAGGCAUAUCGUUUUACAGGGCUCAGUGGGAAGCUGACCAGCCGAGGGGUCUGUGUUUGCAUCCACACUGCUUUUGAGGGGCACCUGCUGGAUUCCUAUUUCGUGGACCUUGUCAUACAGAAACCACUUCGGAUACAUCACCAUUCAAUCCCAGUCUUCAUUCCCCUAGAGGAGAUAUCCACAAAAUACUUACAGACUGAUAUUCAGCACUUCCUGUUCAGUCUCUGUGAAUACCUAAAUGCUUACGCUGGGAGGAAGUACCAGGCAGAUCGACUUCAGCGUGACUUUGCAGCCUUUCUGGCGGGGCCCUUGCAGAGAAACUCACUGUGUAACGUGCUAUCAUUUACUUACAAAGUGGAGCUGAGAGGCCAGUGCUUCCCAUUUUGGGCCAGACUGUUGUAUAAGGACCUCACAGUGACCCUUCCAACUGACGUCACCGUCACUUAUCAAGGGACAGACACAUUACCCACCUUGUGGGAACAACAGCGAGCAUCUCAUGAAAACCUGUUUCAUACAAAGCCCCUCCACCAAGUGUUUGCUUCAUUUAUAAGAAGAAAAAAGUCGGAUACAAGCCUGGUCAUCUAGAAUACUAUUUUCAUUGGGAACACAUCAUAAGUAAAAGGAAAUAUUGCACUUUCUGCUCUUAUAACUAAGGUGACAGGGGUUCCAGAAGAACCUUUCAAGAUUAUCAGGACAAGGGCC